AUGGAAGCUGGGCCACCAGGAAAUAAAACGCAAAGGGGUGCUCUCAUCGUCGUAGAGGGCUUGGAUCGGGCUGGCAAAUCGACGCAAUGCGCAUUGUUGCAGAAGACUCUACAGCGAGAGGGGCAUGAAGUCAAGUACCGGCGAUUCCCAGAUAGAACUACGGCGAUAGGAAAACUGAUCAAUGCCUAUUUGGUUGGAGACUCACAGUUGGAUGACCAUUCAAUCCAUCUUCUUUUCUCCGCCAACCGAUGGGAGGCAGCUAAGGAGAUACAAAAGGAUAUAUCAAACGGCAUCAGUAUCAUUAUCGACCGCUACUCCUACUCUGGAGCUGUCUAUUCUGCAGCUAAAGAUGUCCCCGGCCUGUCGUUGGACUGGGCUUGGCAGCCAGAGAUCGGCUUGCCGCAACCCGAUAUAUGGCUCUUCUUGAAUAUAUCCCCGGAGGAAGCCGCAAGGAGAGGUGGCUAUGGUCUGGAAAGAUAUGAGAAUGAUAUUCUUCAGGCUCGAGUACGGCAACUAUUUCAAACAUUUAUCGAGAGAGAGGACCCCGCAAAUGUCUGCGUUAUUAAUGCUGGUCGGUCAGAGGCGGACGUUGCGCAGGAUAUCCUUAGUGAAGCCAGGAAAGCCAUCAAGAAAAUUCAAGCCAUUGGGCCGCUGAGAAGUCUUGGUGCAUUAUUACAGCCAGCGGACAGCCAAGCCUAA